UCCCUAAUCCGAAAAUCUCGAAUACGAAAUGAAGCAACAUUCGCAUCUGGAUGCCUUGUAACUGGAGAAACUGGUGUGAUUUUGCUUAGAAAUUUCUAUUUUCGAGAAGGCCAUACGGGAUUGCUUGUGGAAAUGGAUUCUGAAGAAAUGCAAAUGCAGGGGGAGCAGCAGAUGGUGUUGCGGGAGAGUAGUUCCCAAUCGACAGAGCUGACGAGGAAGAGGCUGACGCCCAAGAGAUCCUCCAAUAAAGAUAGGCAUACCAAGGUGAAUGGGCGAGGCAGGAGAAUCAGGAUGCCUGCAGCAUGUGCAGCCAGGAUCUUCCAGUUAACUAAAGAAUUGGGCCACAAAUCAGAUGGGGAAACAAUCCAGUGGCUUCUUCAUAAGGCCGAACCGGCCAUCAUGCAAGCAACAGGUUCAGGCACUGUCCCUGCAUUCCCCAUGUCUAUUGUAGGCUCUGUUACUUCAAACAGUUCCUCCUCCAAGUUGUUUCAGCACCAGCAGCAUCAACAACAACUCCCCUAUGCCCCAUUUUCAGUGAAUGGUGUUAUAGGGCCUCCUGCAUUUGACUCAUCCAGUAAGCUAGAGCUUACAUCACAGGGCCUGAAUUUUCAAGUGGUGCCUUUGAAUCAAUCAAACAUAUCAUACACCUCCAUGCUCCUGCAGCAAAACCCCGAGGACACUGAAUUGUGCCUGGGGUUUGAGGAACAAGCAUUGGGUGACAGUAAAAUUGACCAUUCGAUGAAGGAAAACAACUGCCAUUGUUAUUGAUGGGAAUCAAGACAGAAUUUUAUCAUUGUAGAUCUUGUUUUGUGUCUAACUUUUGUACAGAUUGUCUGCCGUUUUUUGCAUAGGUCAUAGGGGAUAUCCAUGUUUGGGUUUUUGGAUUUUGAACUACUCUUGUCCUGUAACCGUUCAACUACACAAAUUUUAAUUUGAUUUGCAUGAUAAUCCAAUCAGAUAGAGGAUAUUUUAGUGUGGAUGGGCUAUACAUAUCCAUCAGCUAAUGGCCAGUUCCAUGUUAGAGAAAAUUCAAGUGAAAAAUGCAGACAUAUUGGCUUCAAGCUUUGCAUUUUUGAAACUAUAAACCCUCUACAAGAAGGGAAAUACAAGACCAUGCUUUUCAAUACUUACAUAUUGCUUCUCCAAGGGUGUUUGCAACCUUCUGUCACUGAUAAAGUUCUCUGAAAUUUUUCAACUUUCCAUGAGAAUAUUGUGAAAAGCAAACUCAUGGAAUCUAUAUUCACUGGCAUGGCCUUUGAUUUUCAAUUGAUAUGUUUUACCGGUGCUUUCUAUGCAAUAGAAAGGCAUUGAUGAAUGUUUAGAUUCCUCAAUGACCUAAGGUCAAUUUUGUUA